UCUCGACCAUUUACCCAACCCCUUAGUGCCACUUCCAACUUGGGAUCUACGCCUUCUCUCUCCUCAUCUCCUUUCUCGCUCUAAAUUCUCCUCCACCAUGCCUCUCAACUUUCACUCUCAGUCCCUCUGAUUCACCGGCGCCACUCUUGUCCCACCGGAAAAUCGUUCUUCUUUUGGUUCGUUGGUGUUCAUUUAUAUUUCUUUUUCUUGAGUUUUCUUGCUGGAAUGUUUUGAUUUUUGUAGUUGCCGUUUGUAUUCUGUUUAGUUCGUCGUCUCUUGGCUCGUUUAUUGUUGUUCUUCUUUGCCCUAUUUAUGUGAGUGGAGAUCGAGGUAAGUUGUUUUGUUCUUUCUGGUUCGUGAAUCGCUCCUUUGGCGAUGAUUAGCUGUUGGUGCAUUUUUUUUAUAUUUUGUGUUUCUGAGUUUUGAGGUUAGGAAUUUGUGAGUGUGUGGGGUUAAAUGAGAUGAAAUUUGUUGACUGUGAUGCUACUGGUGAGUUCAGUCGGUGAACUGAUAUGGUAAUGUCUAGAUACUGAGAUUAAUUUGAACUACUUGUAUUGUUUUUUUCUUCUUUCAAUAGUUUCAAUGAUUGGCGGCUAAUGAAUGGUUAACUUUGGAGCUCGUCCUGGUGCGUCCAGGAAAAGAACAAAAGAAAUAAGACUGUGUGUUGCUCGGAGUUUGUGCACAGAAUGUGAAUUGAUUUUGUGAACGUUUCGGCUGACCUUAGCCAAAAGAUAAACGAAGAGUCGUUCUAGCUUACUUUAGCCUGAAGGAACCAAAGAGUACACACACACAUGCCAUCUUUUUGCCAUAUGUCAAAUUUCUCUCUGUUUCAGUCACAAAUUUGAACACAGUUUUUGAUUUUUGGAUAUUAACUAAGUGGAUUACAGCAAUCUCCUGUCCAUGUGCUUCCUUUUUCAAGAGUAACAUGAUAAUGUAUUAGAAUAAGAAAUCAUUUAUAUGCUUGUUGAGGGUUUUAUUUCUCCUUUUUCUUGUUCAAUCAUUUGGGUUGAGUCCGGAAUUAGAAGUUUGCGGUAAUUGACUCUGGAAUUAGAAGUUUUUACUUUGCUAGAUCUCAAAAGGUACUAUGAAUAUGAAUUGUGAUGGAGAUGAGAACUUAUGUUCAUACUCAUGAACGCUUAUGAUUGUAAUUUUCGUUAGAAUUUUGUUCUACGUAGUCUUCAACUUUUGCUUCAAUUUCCCCUUAUUUCAGGUUGGAGAAACAUGUCUACCUCUAGACCUAGUCAGUCUUCUAGCAACUCUGGGCGGUCCAGACAUAGCACUAGAAUUAUUGCUCAAACAUCUGUUGAUGCAAAGCUGCAAGCUGAUUUUGAGGAAUCUGGGAAUUCGUUUGACUACUCAAGUUCAGUGCGUGUCACUAGUGAUGUUAGCGGAGAUCAACAGCCUAGGUCAGACAAAGUUACUACAGCUUAUCUCCAUCAUAUUCAGAAAGGCAAACUUAUCCAACCAUUUGGUUGCUUGUUGGCCUUAGAUGACAAAACAUUCAAGGUUAUUGCGUAUAGUGAAAAUGCCCCUGAAAUGUUGACCAUGGUGAGCCAUGCUGUCCCAAGCAUGGGGGAUUACCCUGUUCUUGGCAUUGGCACAGAUGUAAGGACUAUUUUCACUGCACCUAGUGCUUCUGCACUGUUGAAGGCCUUGGGCUUUGGAGAGGUUACACUUCUUAAUCCUAUCCUGGUGCAUUGCAAGACUUCUGGAAAACCCUUCUAUGCAAUUGUUCAUCGUGUUACUGGAAGCUUAAUCAUUGACUUUGAGCCUGUGAAGCCUUAUGAAGGUCCAGUGACUGCAGCUGGAGCUCUACAAUCAUAUAAACUUGCCGCCAAAGCGAUUACUAGAUUGCAGUCUUUGCCUAGUGGAAGCAUGGCUAGGCUUUGUGACACAAUGGUUCAAGAAGUUUUUGAACUAACAGGUUAUGAUCGAGUUAUGGCUUAUAAAUUCCAUGAUGAUGAUCACGGGGAAGUGAUCUCUGAAGUCACAAAGCCCGGCCUUCAGCCAUAUCUUGGUUUGCAUUAUCCAGCAACUGACAUUCCUCAAGCUGCACGUUUUUUGUUCAUGAAAAAUAAGGUCCGGAUGAUUGUUGAUUGUCGUGCAAAACAUUUAAAAGUACUCCAAGAUGAGAAAUUACAGUUUGAUCUAACUUUAUGUGGUUCAACUUUAAGAGCUCCACACAGUUGCCAUUUACAGUAUAUGGAAAACAUGAACUCUAUAGCCUCUUUGGUUAUGGCAGUUGUGGUUAAUGAAGGGGAUGAAGAAAAUGAAGGCCCUGCUUUGCAGCAACAAAAGAGAAAGAGAUUAUGGGGCUUGGUAGUAUGUCAUAAUUCAAGUCCCAGAUUUGUUCCGUUUCCUCUUAGGUAUGCUUGUGAGUUCCUAGCUCAAGUAUUUGCUAUUCAUGUGAACAAGGAAUUAGAGUUGGAAAAUCAAAUUAUAGAAAAGAAUAUUCUGCGUACGCAGACACUCUUGUGCGACAUGCUAAUGCGUGAUGCUCCUUUAGGUAUUGUGUCGAGGAGUCCUAACAUAAUGGAUCUUGUCAAAUCUGAUGGGGCUGCCUUGUUAUAUAAGAAAAAAAUUUGGCGAUUAGGAAUGACACCUAAUGACUUCCAGUUGCUGGACAUAGCCUCGUGGCUUUCCGAGUAUCAUAUGGAUUCAACGGGGUUGAGUACUGACAGUUUGUAUGAUGCAGGAUACCCAGGAGCUAUUGCUUUAGGAGAUGAAGUGUGUGGGAUGGCAGCUGUGAGGAUAACUAAUAAUGACAUGAUUUUUUGGUUUCGAUCUCACACUGCUUCAGAGAUUCGAUGGGGUGGAGCAAAGCAUGAACAUGGUCAAAAGGAUGAUGCUAGAAAAAUGCAUCCAAGAUCAUCUUUCAAGGCUUUCCUUGAAGUAGUCAAGACAAGAAGUUUGCCCUGGAAGGACUAUGAGAUGGAUGCAAUCCACUCUUUACAACUUAUCCUUAGAAAUACUUUUAAGGAUACAGAUGCAACUGAAAUAAAUAGAAAAUCAAUUCAAACAACACUUGGUGACCUAAAAAUUGAAGGGAGGCAAGAAUUGGAAUCAGUAACAAGUGAGAUGGUCCGGUUAAUCGAGACAGCUACUGUGCCGAUUUUAGCUGUUGAUUUAGAUGGGUUAAUUAAUGGGUGGAAUACAAAAAUUGCUGAAUUGACUGGACUGCCUGUGGAUAAAGCUAUCGGCAAGCAUUUACUUACGUUAGUGGAAGAUUCAUCUGUAGAAGUUGUCAGGAAGAUGUUGUUCUUGGCAUUGCAAGGACAAGAAGAGCAAAACGUUCAAUUCGAGAUCAAGACACACGGUUCUCACAUUGAGGUUGGCUCCAUCAGCCUAGUUGUAAAUGCUUGUGCAAGUAGGGACUUGCGUGAAAAUGUCGUGGGUGUGUGUUUUGUAGCACAAGAUAUCACUGGUCAGAAGAUGGUAAUGGACAAGUUCACUCGAUUAGAAGGCGAUUACAAAGCCAUUGUACAAAAUCCCAAUCCAUUAAUCCCUCCAAUAUUUGGAUCAGAUGAAUUUGGAUGGUGCUCAGAGUGGAAUCCUGCAAUGGCGAAAUUAACUGGGUGGUCACGUGAAGAAGUAAUCGAUAAGAUGCUUUUGGGAGAGGUUUUUGGUGUUCACAAAUCAUGUUGUCGUUUAAAGAAUCAAGAAGCUUUUGUUAAUCUUGGGAUUGUCUUGAACAAUGCCAUGUGUGGUCAAGAUCCUGAGAAGGCUUCCUUUGGUUUCUUAGCUCGGAACGGGAUGUACGUGGAAUGUCUUCUAUGUGUCAAUAAGAUCUUGGAUAAAGAUGGCGCGGUUACAGGGUUCUUUUGCUUUUUGCAGCUUCCUAGUCAUGAGUUGCAACAAGCACUAAAUAUCCAACGCUUAUGUGAGCAAACUGCAUUGAAGAGAUUGAGAGCAUUGGGAUACAUAAAAAGACAGGUUCAAAAUCCUCUAUCUGGGAUAAUCUUUUCAAGAAGAUUAUUGGAGCGCACCGAGUUGGGAGUAGAACAAAAAGAACUUCUGCGUACUAGCGGACUCUGUCAAAAGCAGAUCUCCAAGGUUCUCGAUGAGUCGGACAUCGAUAAAAUUAUUGAUGGGUUUGUUGAUUUAGAAAUGGACGAGUUUACAUUGCAUGAAGUAUUGAUGGUAUCAAUUAGUCAAGUGAUGCUAAAGAUUAAAGGAAAGGGUAUCCAGAUAGUUAAUGAGACUCCAGAAGAGGCUAUGUCCGAGACCUUAUAUGGAGAUAGUUUAAGGCUUCAACAAGUCUUGGCGGACUUUCUAUUGAUAUCAGUUAGUUAUGCGCCUUCAGGAUGCCAACUAACAAUUUCAACCGAUGUGACCAAGAAUCAAUUAGGAAAGUCGGUGCAUCUGGUGCAUUUGGAGUUCAGGAUAACAUAUGCUGGAGGAGGUAUACCAGAGUCGUUGCUGAACGAGAUGUUUGGAAGUGAGGAGGACGCGUCCGAAGAGGGUUUCAGUCUGCUCAUCAGUAGAAAGCUGGUGAAGCUGAUGAACGGAGAUGUACGAUAUAUGAGGGAAGCCGGGAAGUCGAGCUUCAUCAUAACUGUCGAGCUUGCUGCAGCUCACAAGUCAAGGACAACGUAGGCAAAGACAAUUUGAAGCAUCAACCUUGUAUGAAUUGCUGCAUUCUAUGUUGAAAGGAGGGGUUUGUAGUGGGUAAUGAUUUUGUAUAGUGCUAAAGUUGCUUCUCUCGUUUUCAAAUUUCAAUCUCCUUUGAACUUUUGUUGGAAUACGAUCUAAUUUAUGCGUAACUUGUUGCUGAUUUCGGGCGUACUCUAAAAUGCACAACUUGUUGUAUAGUUGUAUUUCGUUUAUAGCAA